GAAUAUUCGUGUCCAGAGGGCAUCGCGCUUCAGAUCGGAGAUAUCGACAAAUCAGGUGUCAUCAUGAGCAAAGUGCAAGGAGGGAUGAAAUGCGUGAAAUAUCUGCUUUUCAUCUUCAACUUCAUCUUUUGGCUGUCAGGCUUGUUGGUGCUGGCUGUGGGACUUUGGCUCAGGUUUGACCCGCAGACAGUGGAGCUCUUGACAAGUGAUAAAGCCCCCGACACCUUCUUCAUAGCUGUGUACAUCCUUCUUGGUGCAGGAGGGUUAAUGAUGAUCGUUGGGUUCUUUGGUUGUUUCGGGGCUGUACGUGAGUCUCAGUGUCUUCUUGCAUCGUUCUUCGCCUGCUUGCUGAUCAUCUUUGGUGCAGAGAUUGCUGCUGGCGUGUUUGGAUUCAUAAACAAGGAACAGAUUGUUGAGGAAGUCCAAAAGUUUUAUAGCAGCUCCAUUUCUGACGUCUCCAAUUCAAAUGAAACCGCAAUAGCAUUCAUUUACCACCAAUCUUUGAACUGCUGUGGAGGUUCAACAUCAGAAGCUGCUGCUACUCUGUGUGCAGAUGUUCCAGAGGGCACUCAGGACUGUCUGACUGCAAUAACCGACUUCUUCAAUGAAAGGCUGCACAUUAUUGGAUUCACUGGGAUUGGUAUUGCAGGAGUAAUGAUCAUAGGAAUGAUCUUCAGUAUGGUCCUGUGUUGUGCCAUCAGGAACAACAGGGAGGUUAUAUAG